UGCAUCAGAAAAGGCAUACGGCGCUUGCGCGUAUGUGCGGACCGUCGCUACUAAUGGUUCAGUCACUGUCCGUCUCCUGACCUCCAAAAGUAAAGUCGCCCCCAUUAAGCCGACAACUAUGCCGCGCCUUGAGCUGUGUGGGGCAUUGGUGGGAGCACGAUUGUGUACAAAAGUUCUUGCUUCAUUAACCAUAAGGCCUGAGUGCAUAUUUUGGUGCGAUUCCAUGAUAGUUUUGGGUUGGCUUGCCUCUUCGCCACUCCCAUUAAAGCCUUUUGUACGUCAUCGUGUGUGUGAGAUACAGGAAGGUUUUAGAGAACAUUCUUGGCGGUACGUGCCCUCCAAAGAAAACCCCGCAGACUUAGUCUCACGCGGACUAAGCGCUAACUUGAUUAGCGACUCUACCUUGUGGUGGACAGGCCCUUCUUUUUUAUUAUCACCCUCUUCCUUCUGGCCUGAAACACCCAACAAAGAAAAGGUAAUAGAAUUACCUGACACCAUUACCAUGAAAUCUCUUCACGCGACUGAAACCCACGACAUCAAUUCCAUACAAAAUUUAAUUCAGGGAUCGUCGAACUUCUCCCAACUUAAACGUGUAAUGGCGUAUGUCCUUCGUUUCAUAACCAAUAGUCGAAAAAGUCUUACAAAACGGCUUGGAUGUCUUAAAACUUCAGAAUUAAAUGCUGCAUCCAAUUCUCUUCUACGCACCGCUCAGCGAGAGUCAUUUCCUGUUGAGUAUGAAUUACUGAAGGUUGGAAAAAACUUACCAAAAAAGAACCGCCUUAUUUCCCUGUCACCCUACUCAGACAAUGGCAUUAUUCGAGUUGGUGGUAGGCUUGAAAACUCGUUCUAUGACUACAACGUAAAACAUCCCAUUCUCAUAUGUAGUAAACAUCAUUUAACUAGACUAAUUUUCAACUCGUUUCACUUACAGUUCUAUCACGCGGGACCUCAACUUCUCCUAGCUUCAAUUAGGCAUACGUACUGGGCGUUAGGUGGUAGAAAUCUGGCAAAAAAGACUGUACGCGCAUGCAUAAAGUGCGUCAGAUUCAAAGCACAAACAGUGCAACCAAUCAUGGGCAACUUACCCAAGGAAAGAUUACAAUUAGAGUUUCCCUUCAUUGACACAGGCACAGAUUACGCCGGGCCAAUUCUUUUAGCCGAUCGCAAAGGUAGAGGCAGUAAACUUAUCAAAUCUUAUAUUUGUGUUUUUAUCUGUCUAGCCACAAAAGCGGUGCAUCUCGAGCUUGUUUCAGAUUUGACUAAGGAAGCGUUCAUUGCAGCUCUUAACCGUUUCACGGCUCGUCGGGGCAAACCGAGGAACAUCUACUCAGACAACGAGAACCAAAUGGCAUCAUUCCACAGGGCAGCUAGAGCAAGGAGCAUUAGUCAUCGUAAAGGAGAAGAAUCUUCCUCCCCUAAUGUGGCUGCUCGGUCGCAUCGUGCAUCUUGUGCCUGGUAGAGACGGCAUAGCUCGAGUAGCCGACGUCAAGACGAAGAAGGGCACCAUCCGUCGGGCUUAUAACAUGCUAUGUCCGCUCCCGAUCAAAUCAUUUGAACCUGAAUCUUCAUCUUCAACGCCGGGAGUAUAUGGUUCCACCAUCGAUCAAACGCCGGCUAAAUAAAUCCACCCCCGGGUCUGCAAGGGGCACGCGGGGUGUUGGGGGGUCACGCGAAUGACGGAAUUCGCGAUUCUCGCCGCGCGCGCGUUGGGCACUGCGACUCGGAACGACGGCGGAACGAAUUGUGCGCGCGAGUACCUACUUUCUUUUUAAUACAAUAAGUGUAAUACAGUUCGCUAGUUUUAUUCAACUGGAUA